AAAAUUAAAUACUUGAUUGAUUCGGAAGAGAAAUGAGUUGAAAUACGAUCCCGGGAUAUUAAAACUUUCCACAGAUCAAUAUUAAAACUUUCCAUGGAAGGCGGCAAGAAGGUCCUCCCAGAAAUACGGAGGGACUGGGUGACAAACCGGUGGGUGAUAUUCUCACCGGCGAGAGCCAAGCGUCCUUCCGACUUCAAAUCCAAAUCGCCGGUGGGCCAUGAGGAGGAACAAUCCAACUCUUGUCCCUUCUGUCUCGGCCGCGAGCACCACUGCGCUCCCGAGAUCUUCCGGGUCCCGCCCGACGACCCCAACUGGAAACUCCGAGUCAUUCAGAACCUCUACCCUGCCCUCAGCCGUGACGUCACUCCUCCUCCUGCCGAUGAGACCCCUGGACAGCUCAUGACUGGGUUCGGCUUCCACGACGUUGUGAUUGAGACCCCUCUCCACUCUCUUCACCUCUCCCAUCUCCCCCCUUCUCAGAUCGCCCUUGUUCUUGGAGCCUACACCACCCGGAUCCUCCACUUCUUGUCAGAUCACCCCUCCAUCAAAUAUGUCCAGGUGUUCAAGAACCACGGUGCUUCAGCUGGGGCAUCCUUGACUCACUCUCACAGUCAGAUCAUGGCUCUCCCUUUUGUUCCUCCUGCUGUUGCUGCUCGCCUCCACUCUAUGAAAGACUAUUUCAAUCGCACUGGGAAAUGUAGUCUCUGUGAAUUCAACUCAAACGACCUUUUGAUUCAUCAAUCACCACAUUUUGUUGCAAUUGUGCCUUAUGCUGCUACUUUUCCUUUUGAGAUGUGGAUCAUUCCUCUCGCUCACUCUCCUCAUUUCCAUGAACUCAAUGCCCAUAAGGCAGUUGACCUUGGGGGGAUCCUGAAACUCAUGCUUGGGAAGAUGGCUUUGCAGUUGAAUAAUCCACCGUUUAAUUUCAUGAUUCAGACUUCUCCUCUUCGGGACAGUGCUUCAGAGUUACCUCACUCGCAUUGGUUCUUGCAAAUAAUACCCCAGUUAAGUGUUGCAGCUGGUUUUGAAAUUGGAACUGGCUGUUACAUAAAUCCAGUCUUCCCAGAGGAUGCAGCAAAAGUUUUAAGGGAAGUAAACGUUUUACCUUCAGAAGGAGAUGAUUAAAAUAAUACAUUAGCUUUGGACAUCUUAUAAAACUAAAAGCUGGAAAUAAAAUUGUUAGGAUGUUCCUACUCUGUAUAAGAAAACCAAUGCGCUCCUAUUGUUAUAUCAUAAAAUCUCCUAUGAGUUUUGGUGCUUGAAACAGGUUAUCCCACCACAUGAAAUACAUGAAUACCUGUUUUGUCCAUUGAUGUGGAUGGAUGUAAUCUCUAUAUCUCUUUUCAUUUUCUUCAUCUCAACUCGUUCCAUUGCUUGC